GCAUAUAAACGGGUCGGCGUCACGGUAAUUCACGGUCACGUUGCUGUAAGAUACACACCGCCGACUCACAAAGACAGACGCACACAGAUUGCAUCCGAUGCACGAGAGAGGCAGCAGUGAAACGCUUCACCACUAUGGAACAACGAUGACAAAGCUUAGAUUGGGGACAAUUCAAAGUUUGUGCAAGCCAAAGCACGCAAUUUGUUUCAACAUUAAAGCGCGUGGAGAAGUGAACAGUGACCAGACUCAGGAUGAAAGCAACAACUGUUUUCAAAUGAUCGACACUGCCGAAAAGCCAAGCCAAUGUCAUGAGAAGACGCAGUUGGUCACAAAUGUAAGACCAACCUGAGCUCAUACUGCAUCUCAGUCCAGCAACAGUACUUUCAUGGUUGGAACUGCCCGUCCCAACCUCCAUUACUGCCCUUGCAGACAUAGACUGAUGAUCACCAUUGCCAUGGGAGCGGUGCGAGUCAACAGAUACAGCAUUGUUUCCACAGACGAAGAUGCCCUGAAGAUCUCAGCCUUGGGCCUCCACAAUGGCCACAGUCCGUUGACCCAGCAGAACCUGACGGCGUCGUGCACUGAGGCCGAGGACGAAGCAGCAGGAAAAUAUCCUGCGGGCCAAGAUGCCCGAGGUGCUCUGUCUCUGAGAGUGCCGGAUGACUCCGCGGGCCACAACAGCUGCAGGGCUUCGCCAUCAUGUCGACACAUCGGCAUCGACUUGAGUACAGGUCGACUCCGUAGCCGAUUCGUGAAAAAGAAUGGCCAGUGUAAUGUAGUGUUUGACAACAUGGAGGAUAAGCAACGUCGAUACCUGGCUGACAUUUUUACCACCUGUGUGGACAUACGUUGGCGAUACCUUUUGCUUAUCUUCACUGCCACUUUCCUUCUGUCCUGGUUGUUUUUUGGUUUGGUCUUCUGGGGAGUGGCACUGGCUCAUGGAGACUUUGAUCUUCACUUCCCUGCAAAGGAGGAAGACUCUCAGAGCAAAGCAGAGGACAAACAGGACAAAUGGCGGCCGUGCAUCCUGCACAUCCAGGGCUUUAUCGGGGCAUUCCUCUUCUCCAUAGAAACCCAAACUACCAUUGGAUAUGGUUUCCGCUGUGUCACCGAAGAGUGCCCUGUUGCCGUGGUGACCGUGGUGGUGCAGUCCAUCGUGGGCUGUAUCAUUGACUCCUUCAUGAUAGGCACCAUCAUGGCCAAGAUGGUACGGCCCAAGAAACGGGCUCAGACCUUGCUAUUCUCACAUCACGCUGUCAUCGCCUUGCGAGAUGGAAAGCUGUGCCUCAUGUGGCGCCUGGGGAACAUGCGGAAGAGCCACAUCGUGGAAGCACACGUGCGCGCUCAGCUCAUUAAGCCUAAAAUGACGGCAGAGGGCGAGUACCUCCCUUUGGAGCAGACGGACAUCGACGUCGGCUACGAUGACGGCCUGGACCGGUUGUUUCUCGUGUCACCACUUGUGGUGGUCCAUGAAAUCAACAAGACCAGUCCCCUGUAUGACCUGAGCAGCACUGACCUUCAAAAGGAAGACUUUGAGAUUGUGGUCAUCUUGGAGGGCAUGGUGGAGGCUACUGCGAUGACCACUCAGGCCCGUAGCUCCUAUUUGGCCAAGGAGAUCUUGUGGGGUCACCGAUUUGAACCGGUGGUCUUUGAGAAGGGAAACCGCUACCACGUAGACUACUCUCGCUUCCACAAGACAUACGAAGUGCCGACAACGCCACACUGCAGUGCCAGAGAGCUCAGUCAAAGAGAAGGUGAUGGGCGGCUUCCCUCGUCCUCCACCUCCAGUUUGUCACAAUCUCCGUCACCGUUUGUUCCAAGAGCGGCUCGCCAUCUAUUGGGGCUCCACUCACCCAGCGCUUUCUGUUACGAGAAUGAGGUCGCGCUUUGUUGCGGUGAGGAUGAAGAAGAUGGGGAGGCAGGCAGCCUGGGGGCCAAAAGUGAACGAGGAGCAAGUGUUCGAGAUGAGCUUUCGGCGGGCUUCAAGGAGACUUUUGUUAAGGAGCAGAUGGUGGAGAUGCUGUGUGUGCUGGACACUGAAAACCAGAUCAGUCUGGACAAAUUACAGCCUGGUCUACCUUUAUACAUAAGUCGGGAAUCUGGAGUGUGAAGCUAGUAGCAAGAGAAGGUGACCGUUCUCUAUGAGCGCACUCAACCAAAACAUUGCACUAAUGGUGAAUUAAACAACUCACUAUUUGAACUAUACUGUACAUGGGUCAAUGGUGAAUUAAACAACUCACUAUUUGAACUAUACUGUACAUGGGUCAUUCCGGAAUUAGUGGACAUUUUGGCUUCCAUGUUUUUAUUCCUUAAUAUUGUUGAUUUUAUGCUACAUAUUGUAGUAUUCAGUUGCGGAUCCUGGUCUUUCACUGAAGGGAAGCUCAAUGUGUGUCCGCCUGUGAGUGCUUUGUGACGGUGGAGGGGCUCCGCAGCAACAACUAUUCGGUAGGCAAGGCAAGGCAAGGCAAGGCAAAUUUAUUUAUAUAGCACAUUUCAACACAAGGCAAUUCAAAGUGCUUUACAUCACAUGAAGAUCAUAAAAAUCACAUUUAAAUCAAUACAACGUAAAAACCAAGACAAUCAAAAUUGGAAAUAAAAUUAUACAUAAAAAUCACAUUUAAUCACAAAUAGAAUAAAAUAAAUAAAAAUAAAACAAAAACUACUACAACUAAUAAUAAUUGAAAUCAGCAAUGGAGAUAUACAUAAGAGGAAUACAAAGCAAGUAGAUUGAAAUGUAUAGACAGUUAUGGAUAUACAGUGCUAAACAAAAGCGUUUUUAGCCCUGAUUUAAAAGAACUAACAGUUUGAGCAUACUUCAGACGUUCAGGUAACUUGCUCCAGAGGUGAGGAGCAUAAUAACUAAAUGCUGCCUCACCCUGCUUGGGACUUGUUCUUGGAAGAUGCAGGAGACCGGUUCCAGACGACCUUAGGGGUCUAGAUGUCUCAUAGUAAUCGAACAAAUCAAGCAUGUAUUUUGGUCCAAGGCCAUUAAGUGUUUUGUAGACGAGCAGUAGUAUUUCAUAGUCUAUCCUUUGACUCACUGGAAGCCAGUGUAGCGAUUUCAAAACCGGUGUAAUGUGGUCCAGCUUCCUUGUAUUUGUGAGGACUCUGGCUGCAGCAUUCUGUACUAGCUGCAGCUUCCUGACUGAUUUUUUAUCAAGACCCGUAAAUAUACCGUUGCAAUAGUCCAAUCUGCUGAAAAUGAAUGCAUGCAUACGUUUUUCCAUGUCUUGUUGAGUCAGAAGCCCCUUAAUUCUGGUGAUAUUUUUUAGGUGGUAAUAAAUCAUGAUUUUGAUGGCUAUCAAAUUUUAGGUCUGAGUCAAUAAUUACGCCAAGGUUUCUGACUUGAUUUGUAGCUGUAAGUGACAUUGUGCUAAGUUGCCUGCUUAUCUUUGACCUUUCCUUUUUUUGCCCAAAAAUGAUCACCUCUGUCUUCUCCACAUCUAACUGGAGAAAAUUCUGGCACAUCCAUUCACUGAUUUGAUGAAUGCAUUUACUCAGGGAGACUAAGGGACUAUAAUCAUGUGGGGACACAGAAAUGUACAGUUGUUUGUCAUCUGCAUAGGCGUGAUAGGAGAUGUCAUACUGUUCCAUUAUCUGAGCUAAGGGAAGUAUAUAGAUAUUAAAUAAGAGUGGUCCAAGAAUUGACCCUUGAGGGACUCCACACGUGAAUUUGGUUCGUUCUGACUGAUGGUUUCCGAUUGACACAAAGAAAUCCCUAUCAUGUAAAUAGGAUGUGAACCACUGAAGAAUAGUGUCAGUAAGCCCUACCCACUGUUCCAAUCUGCUAAGUAGUAUGUCGUGAUCAACCGUGUCGAAUGCGGCACUGAGAUCCAAUCGUAACGGUAGGGAAAGAGUCUUCAAAAAAGUCUUCAAACACAAGCAUCUAAAAAAAUUAAUUAAUUAAAAAUAACACCAUAAAUAGAAGCUCAAUUUUUCACUAGUUCUGUUUAGCAAAGCAAGUGUUGCUAGGAUGAUUAUGAAAGUCCCCGGCUCAACGUAGAACAACAGAAUGAAAAUUGGAAAAUGCCUCCCACGGAUGUUAAUACGACAAGAUCACUGAUUAGCUCAUUUCGCUGUCAAUCAAAAAGGGAUUCAGCCUCAGACAGAUCAUCCAAUCAUCAUGCGGAGAAGCACAAUGUCCAGGCCAGCAGAGCCCCGCCCACUGCCCAUAGUCCCUCAGAGAUGCGCAGCGUCCGAUGGGUGGGAUAAACCCAGCCUUUAGCCAAUGACUCAUCUCGUUUCGCUGGAGUGGAACAAUGCACUCUCAACUCUGGAGACGCACUGUGUCCACACUGUUUAUAGGACUGUAAAGCUGUGAAAAUGAAUGAAAAGCAAGUCGCAUCAUAACCAGUGAUAAGAAGCUAAUUCUGAACAAAAGUUGAGCGCAUUCUAACACAUAUUUAGUCAAUGACAGGUACACACAUUCAUUCAUUUUCCAUUCCACUUAUCCUCACGAGGGUCGCGGAGGUGCUGGAGCCUAUCCCAAUUAACUAUGGGCAGUAAGCCGGGUAACCCUGAAUUGGUUGCCAGCCAAUCGCUGGGCACAGCGAGACAAAAAAUCAUUCACGCACACAUAAUAUUUGCAGAAAUUAUUGUCAUAGUUUGAUAAUAUGCAUAACAGAGUUACAUGAGGUAGAUGUAGACAAUGUAAUCAAGGCUAGCUAUUUUAUAAGAAUAUAAAAAAAAAUAGAAGAAAGGACAAAAAAUUUAAAUUCGUCGAGUUCGUCAAAAAAAAAAAAAAAACAUGUCAUUUUUAAUGCGUAACUGUGAGGAUAAAUUACGUUGUUGUUGUUGUUGUUGUUUUUUUUAGGUUUUUUUGCACUAGUAGUCCCUUCCCAAACCUGGAAGUGUAACGUAAAUUCCUGAACGCAACAGAAGACUAUUCACAGAGAGCAUAGUCGCAGCAAAGAUAUCAGUGAUAUUUCCACCGAAAGUAACCAUUCAGGAUCGCUCUUUCGUGACGCAAACAAAGGCAAAGGCUCCCAGGAAAGAUUAUCUACAAUUAAUCCCUACAUGUUUGAACCUGAGGCGUCGGAUGACGACGAUUAACUCAGCACAGCAGAUGUUGGUGAUGAUGCAGGUUGGCAGCUCGACAUUUCACUAAAGGAAGAGUGGUAGGCAUCUAGCAUCGUGAUUUCUAUUCGAACCUUUCCUUCCCCAGUCAUUCUGUGAUAAUAUCAGUAAUUGCAAAAACAGACGAGUAGCUAUAUAGAUGUAAAUGUAUUAUAACUAGGGCUGUCAAAUUUAUCACGUUAACGACCGAUAAAUAAUUUUUUAAAUUAAUCACGUUAAAAUUUUUGACGCAAUUAAUGCAUGCCCGGAAUGACCUGUUCAUGCGUUGUUUACAGUUUACAAUGACGCCGUUUUAGAACAUUGAGAGCAAAAAGGCAGAGAAAUGCGUGUGGACACAGGCGUUCAUUGGACUGCGUCUUUUAUUGGCUUCAGCUUUUGGCAGCCACUACUAACAGUCAUGGUUGUCCAAUUUUGGGCGGAGCAAGAGAUAAUCAUUUUCUUAACUCGCUUAAUUGAACACAACGCAGAACAUAUUGUAUACCAUUUGCAGCCACUGAUGAGAGUCAUGGUUGCCCAACAUCCCAUCAUGCAUUUGGGCGGAGUAGGAGACGUUCUUUUUCUUAACACGCCUAAUUGAACACAUCGCAGAACACACUGUAUACCAUUUGCAGCCACCACUGACAGUCAUGGUUGCCCAACUUCCCAUCAUCCAUUUGGGCGGAGCAGGAGACGUUCUUUUUCUUAAUAUAAAAUUACUAUAACUUGUACACAAAUUUAUCUUUUAAGAACUCCAAGUCUUUCUAUCCAUGGAUCGCUUUAACCGAAUGUUAAUGUUAAUGCCAUCUUGUGGAUUUAUUGCUAUAAUAAACAAAUACAGUACUUAUGUACAGUAUGUUGAAUGUUUAUGUCCGUCUUGUGUCUUAUCUUUCCAUUCCAACAAUAAUUUACAGAAAAAUAUGGCAUAUUUUAGAGAUGGUUUGAAUUGCGAUUAAUUACGAUUAAUUAAUCUUUAAGCUGUGAUUUACUCGAUUAAAAAUUUUAAUCGUUUGACAGCCCUAAUUGUAACGAAUCGGGUUAUAAUCUAGCGGGUCUAUUAGCAUGCGUUCCUAAAUGCACCGCGUGACUUACAGAAGUGACAGAGGUGCGAUGGAGUGAGACAUUUCCUGGUUGUUGUGAGUUGUUGUUGUGUUGGCGUCAACUAUGGCAGACAGCAGCCGUGUAGUUCCCACAAGUUCCAAAAAUAACAAAUUGCAACCUGACUAAGCAGGCAACUCUGUCAAUGUUCCAGUAUCAAAUUGACAUGAAUAGACAACCUGUCAGCUGUCUUAUGACAAGCAAGCAACAACAGCAAAAAAACAGGUCGCGAUCAAGUACCGUAUUGGCCCAAAUAUAAAACGGUGUUUUUUGCAUUGAAAUAAGACUGAAAAAAGUGGGUGUCGUCAAUUAUUCGCGGUCCAGACAUUAUACCCAUUCACGACGCUGGAUGGAGCCCGAUAUCAUUGAAGCGAUGUUCUGUCAUGACAGAUCUCAGCUACUCUCAAGUUUAACCAGUUUGCAUUAUUUUAUUGCAAUGGUUUUCCUUACUCAGAUUUUUUCAAGACUACAGUUACAGUUAGACUUCACUUUGAUGGUUAAUGCAGUUAUUGCAAUUUUGUUGUUUUAUCACAAAAGAUUGGUGUAUUUACAUUUCAAAAACCAGAAGCCAUUCAUUUAUGAAUGUGAUUGCACUUUAGUUUACAUAUUUAAAUGUUCAGAUAUUAAGAUUUGAAUGAGGCAAAAUAACAUGCUUUUUCUCUCAGAUACAUUGUUAUAAUCAUGUUUCAGAUGUACUGUAAUUAUUUUCUGUAUAAAAAUUAAUUUGGUGUUCAUAAGUCUUUUUUCAAACUUGAGUCUUGAAAAAGAGGGGGUCGUCUUAUAAUCAGGGCCAUCUUAUAUUUGGGCAAAUACGGUAAUAUACGUAUCAAAUUGCCUUUAAGGGUCUACUUACAUCUUUGAAAAACCAAGGUUGUAUCCUCCUAGGCUUUAAAAGCUGUCAUCGCUGAAAUGUUGAAAACAAAAGCGCAAUCGAGGAGCCGGGGAGAAAUUCUUCCGUUGACUCUCACAAAAGAUGUGCAAACCCUUGCUGAAGAAAGUUUUUUUGGGCCACUUAUAGAGUCGCGAGCCUUCGUGUAAGCAAUUCAUCGCUACACAUCGAUAUGGCAUGACGAAUCUCGCGAGUAAAACCCAGAAAAUGUUUGCAAUACAUGGCGAGGAUAGCGUUGUGCUAUACUUUCGUAUCAGAGUGCUGACGAGGUCUUCAGGAGUUUACGUCAUCAGGUAGCGGCCGGCAGCAGGGCACGUCCCUCGUUGCUAAGGUGUUGCUAUGGCAGUAACUCAAAAAUGAUGCGGUCAAUUUAAAAAAAAAAAAAAAAAAGGGUAAUGUGAGUUUUGAGACAGCGAAUGAUGCAUUCAAUACAAUUUAACCGAGUAAAACGCUCAUCAAUUGAAGUCUUCAGCUGCUUUUUAAUACAUUCACAGAACUAAAAAAAUUAUAAUAUCGAGAUGACGCAACGAUAUUUUAGUGAUGUGCUUUGUGGUCAUUUUAACAGUACCAAACAGAUCACCAAUAAAAUAUUAAGCCGUAUUCAAUAAGUGGCAUAAAUCUUAAAAAAGUUCAAAACUUUAUCGCUUAGUCAACUGCAAGGGCGUACACCAAUAAAAUAUUAAGCCGUAUUCAAUAAGUGGCAUAAAUCUUAAAAAAGUUCAAAACUUUAUCGCUUAGUCAACUGCAAGGGCGUAGAUUUGCAUAGGGACGGCAGGGACAUAACACCACCAACUUUUAAGGAUGCUCAAAUUGUCCCCCCCAACUUUUAAUCAACCUUAUUUGCAUUAUAUAAUGAGUUCCGUUAUAUAAGUAAUUUAGAUUGUCUUCCCAUAAGUUGUAAGGAUAGAAUUGACCCUACAUUAUGUUCAGACUUACAUUUACCCAGGGGUGAAAGUAGCUAGAAUUUCUUGCCGGAACUCCCUGACGUGAAGGUCGCCACGGAGCCAGAAAUUUUAUUUAUUUAUUUAUUUAUUUUUCCUUUCAUUUUUAGGGGGGGUGGGUCAAAUCUCUUAAACUACUGAAAUGCAAAGAAAACUGUUUUAGCAGUUAUUUCUAUAACACACAAUUUUCAUUCAAAAUUGUAUUUUUUCAAUGAUUUGCAAAAAAAAAAAAAAAAAAAAAAAAAAAAAAAAAAAAAAAAAAAAACAGCAAUAA